AUGAUUGACUUUCCAUAUAUUUCCUCAAUUAUUUCAAACGAGGCUUGCUUACCUAAUACUCCUGUUUCUUCUACCACAUGCACCAGGUUGGUGGUGGGUGUUGUGUCCGGCACAUUGAGGUCAAAAGAUAAUAGUAAUGAUGAUGAAUGGUCGUCCACAAGCAAAAAGGAGGAGGCUUAUUUGUUGGACUAA